AUGACAUCUGACCACGGCUGGGAAAUCACAUCGCACUUCUGCGAUAACUGUGGCGUGACCAUCUAUCGCAGUGGAGGCAGCCCGACGGUAGAUGGAUUGAUCGUGACUUCGGACAGGCUGUCUUGA